AUGGCCUCUUCACGGUCCUGCCUUCGUCCGGUUCUUUCUUCCUCUCGCCAAUCUCGUACAAUCUGCGCUCAAUGCUCCUCAACCCCACGUCCACAUACCCUCCCCACCAAUCAUCAGCGGUCAUCUCCCUCAACUAGCUUAUCAAACCGUCAAUUCCAUGCUUCUGCAUCGCCAGCUAUCAGUAGACCUCUCCAACAGGUCCAACAACAACCUGUACCCCCUCAGAUCAAUACCCCACCUGCCGGAUAUCGUAUGAACAAGAUCACACGUCCAUUCGUUCCAGUCGCGACCCACAUGCGAGUUCCGUUCGCCGUUAAUACUUCAUUGGAUGUCCUCAACGAUAUGUACAACAAGCUUCUCGGGGAAGGUGGUGCGAAUGCUCUUACAGAUGACAUAAAAUGGCAGUGUGUAACACACAAGAGUUUCGAUCACGGAUUGCAGCCUUAUAACACCAAGCUUGCCUUCUACGGUCGUAGAAUAGCUUACCUUCAUACUACACUUUCCAUGAUCCAUCAGCCCGUCGCUCCCACACCACAACCCAACGCCAUAAUCGCUGGAAGUGGAGAACCAGAAAUAUCGAACGAUCCAACACUCAAGUUACCCGUUAUUGCCAGAAGAAACCCCGUAAACAGAGUUAGCUAUAUGUCGGUACAGAAUCACCUGAGCUCAACAAAUCUUUACGGCAUCGCUCAGGCAUCGGGCAUGGUCCCUUGUCUGAGAUGGAAGCCCAGAAAUCCUGCAAACUUAACCGAUUCCGGUGUUAUAAAGGUGGCAGAGGAUACGAUUAUGGCCAUUCUUGGUGCAGUGGCACUUCAGAAAGGUGGAGAUGCCGCGAGAAUUAUCAUGGAAGAACGGAUAUUGUCAGCUGCUAGAACAAUAACUCGAUUAACGGAAGAAAGGCGAUAG